AAAGUCGUAACUUACUUUAGAGCUUAACUAGCUAUUUUAGUAAUAAUAUAUAUACUGAUAAGUUGGUUAGGUAAAAGUGGAACGUACUGUAAAAAUAUUAUUUGUAUACUAAAAUUAAUUAUUAUAUAUUUAUUUAUAAAUAUAUAUAAUUUAAUUUAUUUUUAAUGUGUAUUUUAUUUUAAUGAUUGAUUUUAGUGACCGAUAUCCGUAUUCGAGUAAAAAAUUAUGAAAGGUCAAAGUAGAAAUCACGUGGAGCAUACUCUUCCAAGAUCCACAGAUAAAAAAUUUGUCGGAUAGUACGAAGGAAGAGAUGAAUGCAUGAACCACUUUUUCGCAUAUAUAAUAGUGAAACAUGAGAAAGAAAUAAUUGAAGUGGUAAAUUUGGUGCAACACAAUGGGAAGCGAAGAUGUGAAGCUGUUCAACUUUCAUGCGAGUCCAUUUGGUCAGAGGGUGAUUUGGGCUCUGAAACUAAAGGGUGUUGAUUAUGAGUGCAUAGAAGAAGACAUCUUCAACAAGAGCAACCUCCUCCUUGAGCUGAACCCCGUUCACAAGAAGGUGCCUGUUCUUGUUCAUCGCAACAAACCAAUUGCAGAAUCACUUGUGAUCCUUGAAUACAUCGAUGAUACAUGGAAGCAGUAUCCGUUGAUGCCUCAGAAUCCUUAUCAAAGAGCUCAUGCUCGCUUUUGGGCUAAUUUUGCCGAACAAAAGCUUUUGGUGGCUGCGCGGAUCGCAAGGCUUAGUAGCGGGGAAGAACAGGGAAAGGCUGUGAAUGAGGCAAGGGAAGCAAUGGAGAAGAUAGAAGAAGAAAUUAAGGGGAAGAAAUUCUUUGGAGGGGACAAGAUAGGUUACCUUGACAUUGUAAUUGGAUGGAUCUCUUACUGGAUUCCUGUUUGGGAGGAAGUUGCAUCAAUGAAGAUAUUAGACCCGUUGAAAUUUCCAGCCAUUAAUGCAUGGAUCACCAAUUUCCUCAGCCACCCUACCAUCAACGACACUCUGCCCCAAAGAGACAAAAUGGUUGUUUACUACCACAGUCGCAGAAAGGAAGUGUCUCCAUCUUGAUGUCUUUCGCUUUCCAUGCUUGUUCCAUUAUGAAUAAAAAAGAAUAGACUCUUAUUUUUGUUCUA